AUGGAAGAUUUUGACGUGUUUACAAAUGAAAUAGAGUUCACUAAGCCAUUCUAUAAAAAUGUACUAAAUAAGUACGUAAAAGACAUACCAUCGACUCCAAGUGGACCAAACUAUCAAAGUGGCCGAAAACUUUUUGCUGAAGAAUGCUUGGCAGAUAACAAAGAGGCAGAUUGUGCUUUUUAUUUAAGUGAAUCAGUAUCUGCAACAUUAAGAACCUUGGCUGUUUAUAGAGAUGAGCAAUUGAGGGUUCCAACUGACAAAGCUCAAAAAAUUGCUCACUACUUAAAACCAAAUGAUGAUAUAAUUAAACCUAAGCCUAAGUCGAAAGCAGAAGAAGACAUCCUCAAAUUCAUUUCAAAAGAGGCUGAUCGGACUGCAGAAAUUCUCAGGAAUUUUAAAUUGGAUGAAGUUGAACUACCAUUUUAUAAACGGUACAUGAGAUUUACAUCUGAAAACAACACUCAAAACUUUUUAAAAAUACUCAAGGAACUUCCGAAAGAAUGGACUAUUGUACAGUUAACUGCACCAUAUAAUCCUAAUGAGAAUUUGAAGCCACUUAAUGAGUACAGAUGUGAAAUAGACUCCAUUUAUUUGAGCGUUUUUACUAAUGAGUAUUUUGACUUUAACAACAUUGGGCCUCUCACAAUUGAAAUUCCGGCUAACAUCAUAAAAGAAGGAGAAAAGCCUCUCUUCACAGAAUUAUACUCUUUACUUGAUGACAAUUAUAAAACAAUUGACAAUGCUCAAUUUCUCAAUAACAAGCGUCUGGUGCAGAAUUAUUGGAGUAGGAGAGAAGAUAUUGACUUGAGGAUGAAGAGUGUCAUCAAUAUAAUGGACAAAGAAUGGAUAGGUGGAUGGAGCUGCCUUUUGUCCGGCAAGCUGCUGGACAAAACACUCCGAGACAAAGUAAUAAAUUUAGUGGAUGCAACUAUAUCAGACUGGGGCUUUAUCAAACUCACAAACAAACAAAGGAACCUCCUUUAUAACCUGAUAGACAGCUGCCAAUCCUUCACGUCACAACAAAUCAAAUCGUGCAUAAGAAGAAUUCUCACCGAACAUGGCAACCCAGAGGAAAUAAGGACCGUCCUGAACACAAAUGAGUGUACAACUUGCGCCAAACAGUUCAGAUUCCUCAACGAGUUAUGCUUGAAGUGUUUGUCAAAGUCCUUCGAGGCUAUUCACCAUUUUAGUUUGGUGGAAGGAAUUAAAGCUUUCUCUCAGGUUGCCAAUCAGGUGAAGGAAAACGACGAUUGGGCAACACUGAGAAAGGCCAAGAGGUUGCCGGUCAUACUAAUAGUUGACGAGAUGCUGGACACCUUUCCGUGGGAGAUGCUGCCGAUAUUCCACCAUCAGCCAGUGUCGAGGAUGGAGAACAUACACUUCACUUACGCCCUGUACAAGAUACACGAGAAGGAUUUCGUCGAUGGCUACAUAGCGUCAAAGACGGACGUCGGCAGAUAUAUCAUUAAUCCAGAAAAGAACCUGGAGCGAAUGGAGAAGCGGAUGACGUCGUUCGUGCAGUACUGGUGCCCCGAGUGGGAGGGGAGCGUCGGAGAGACUCCACCGGAGGACUUCCUCCGCUACCUCACCGAGUCUGACGUGUUCCUGUACUGCGGGCACGGCGACGGCUGCCAGCUGGCGGGCGGCGCGGGCGGCGCGGGCGUGGAGGCGGCGGCGGUGCGCGGCGCCGCGCUGCUCUCGGGCUGCGGCUCGGUGCGGCUGCAGCGGCCGCCCGGCCGCGCGCCGCCCGCCGCCGCCCACCACCACCUGCACGUGGCGGGCAGUCCAAUGGUGGUGGGCAUGCUGUGGGAGGUGACAGACUUGGAGGUGGACAAGGUGGUGAGCACAUUGGUCUCGCUGUACGUGCCCUCGAAGGCCAGUGUGCCUUGGCAGGCUGUUGGCAAGGCGGCCUGGAGCCAGGGCAAGCUAGAGGCGGCGGCGGAUCGGGCGGGCGGGGCACGAGCGGCGAGCGAGCGGGACCUGCUUCGCGCCAUCUCGCUCGCACGCGCCGCCACCGGCUUCGCCUUGAUCGCGAGCAGCGUGGUGGCGCGGGGGCUGCCCGUGCGGGUGGCCGAG